ACAGUCGACAGCUGUGUCGCGAGGGUUCGAGAGGGUUCUCUCAGCUGUCUCACUGUCCUUUCCGAUCACAUCACGCCAUUGUCGCCCCGCUUUUCCAAGUUCGCACCAUUCACGAUGACGUUCUCCAGUGGGGCCCUCAUGGUCGCGUGUGUGGCCGCAGCGAUUCUCUGCCCGUCUAGCGCCUCACCGGCUAUCGGACUGGGUGAGCCCUCGGUCUCAGUGAGUGACCCCGGAGUCACACUGCAGGUGACCGGUCUGCGUGAGAUUAUUGCAGAGGUCGUCGCAGCAGCUCUAGACCAACACGACUCCACUCACGAACCUCAGGGCUGCCGGAACACCUGCCCUGGCAACUUCAUACCGUGCGCCGGACAGUGCUACAGUCGGCUGUCCACACAAGUGAACCACGCCCAGGCCGAGCGGGACUGCCUGGCGCUGCACGCGCACCUGGCCGUGCCCCGCUCCCGAACAGAGAACCUGUGCGUCGCCGGCCUGGCAGGCCACGAGAACAUCUGGCUGGGCAUCACCGACAGCGCCGAGGAGGGCGUCUUCCGCGGACCGGGCGGCAGGGCCGUCACGAUCAGUGACGGAUACGUGUGGGCCUCUGGGCAGCCGGACAACUGGCGUGACCAAGAAGACUGUGUGGAAAUUCGGAAAGUGUCGGAAGGCUACCGCUUUGCUGAAUGGAAUGACGACAACUGUGUGGCGACCAAAAAGUUACCAAUGUGCCAGCUACUAUAGAUUAUAAUAGAAGCGAUUCUCAAGGCCGCCCCACACUGGACCUCGCAUGCGGGUUGCGAGUCUGCGGGUUUUGGGUUUGCGGGUAUCAUACUCAUUCAUGGAGUGAGAACAACAUUCUAUUUAGAGUUGCAAAGUUGGGCUGCUACCGGCACCGCCCCGCCCCACAAAAAUUUUCUGGGAUACCGGCAUGCUACCACGCCCAAGCAAAAAAAACCGCCAAAUUACCGGCAUACCUACUAAAAAACCUGCAUUCUUGAUUUUGGCUUACCCCUACAUGAGAUGCCACAUUUUGGCAAUUAAAUGUAUUUUGCAGUGGCUAAGAUUGCUGUUAUUACAAUUUAAUAGCCUCUUAGUGUGCAAAGUUUGAAUCAUAUGCUGAUAUAUUUUUUGUGCGAAAUCAAAAAUACCGUCAUGCUACCGGCAAGACAUGCCAGAUACCACGAAAAAACCUGCGGCAGUGAAAAAUUACCGGCAUGCCGGUAGUGCGGUAGGCAAAUUUUGCAACUCUAAUUCUAUUAUACUCAUUUCAUGAAUACUGUGAAACUGAUACAGCUUCAGAGAAUUACGCAUGGAAUUACGAAUUAUCGACCUGGCCUAAAUGCAUCAAGACAUCGUCUGUGAUAAAAAACUAACAUGAAAUUGGUCAUCAGCACCCCAAAAGAACACAACAGCUUUACUUUCCGAAAUUCUAGCAGGUCCCGAUUUUCCCAACUUUUUGGGUCAUUGACCUGACCUGGAAGGUCAACCAAUGACCUAGGACCUUAAAAUUUGAUAUAAUUGCCUUCCUCUCGUCCAGGGCAGCACGCUCGUUGUUUCCGCAAAGCUCUAGCUCGAUCAGGGGCCGAACGGCAAAGGGGGUCCACCCGAUCCCCUCCCCCUAAACGUUAUACCAUGUUAUACUCUGUAAAACGCCGCACAAAAGCGAGGGUUAAGCAUGGAAUUAACUGCUCCCUUCAAUAUUAAAAAAAAAAAUCUAACGAAUUGUCAAUGCGAUGUAAAUGAACUGCCUUUCGGCGGUGCCUACGUACCAAAGCAAUGUCCCAGUUUGGGGCAAAAAAAAAGACGGUUUAACCCCAUGAUUGCAAGUAAUUGAAGUGCCUUAGUACUGUACACUAUACACUGUACAUAUGUACGUACAUGUAAGAACAGAGCUUGCAGUACCUAAGUAUCUACGAGCCCACUCCUGGCAAGUUUGGGACACUCCUUACGGAACGGUGAAAGCACACAUCAUGAGCCACCGUACAGUUCUGACUACGCACAUUUGUACCGGGCGACGUAACAAAUUACGACACCGCCCCCCCCCCUGUUGCAGUCGCGCCAAAACGGCGUGACUUUGACGAAUGCGGCGGGUGUUGGGCCGCGCCAAAAGCCGUCCGAACGAGACUAUGUCACGGCCCGAUAUCACAAUGCAGUGACGGUGAUUCAGAGUCGCGUUGCAGCAUCAUGUCGUGCGGCUGGGGACAAUGAGUGGUGAUCACCCGGUGACGAUUUGUUCACGCUGGUGCUUCGGCUCUGUGCCGGGUCAAGCGGUCGAACUGGAAUCGUGGCGGCGUCUUUCAACGGAUGGAUGCUGGCGAAGUGUGGCGAUUACGUCCGUCUUGUGGAAGAAAGUGCACCAGUCAAUGGAGAUCAUUUCCUGUCCCAUAUUUCAUGGGUAUUGCGGGUUUUGUUGAAACAACUGAUGCGCUGAAGUUCGCACGCACCAUGAUUAAAUCAAAACUGGGUUUUUAAUUGAUCGAACCUGAAUUAUCACGUGAGGCCUUGAUUUAGGAUACUGAUAAAGAGCGACAAGACGAUGUUGCUUAGGGUGUUAAUUUUUAUCGUUAUAUAUAAAACAUAAAAAUAUUCAACGAUUUUCCAAACAUUGCCAGAGAACUAGGUAUACCUACGAUGUUGCUAAAAAAUAUCAACGUAAAAAAUCAAAUAACAGGCCGCCAAUGUUGUCAACCAUCAUACAAUCGGUGUAUGACAUCGCAGAACAACGUCGUUGGAUCUUAGGUUACGAACAAAGCAAGCAAGUACUAACAAGUAUCACCAUAUGUAUUGUCAGCAAUCGUGAUCAGCGUAUCAUCUCGAAAAAUGCAAAUAUAGUCACCGUGG